AUGGUCGACUUCCCGCCCCCGACACUCCAGCACGCGGCGGAAGAAGUGGCAGCGCUGCUGCGGGCGCGGCAGGAGACCAUCUCCGUGGCCGAGACUGCCGCGGGCGGGCUGGUGUCUGCGGCGCUGCUGGCCACGCCUGGGGCGUCGAGGGUGUACAAGGGCGGGGUGACGUUGUAUACGCUCGAGUCGAGGCUGGCGUUUGCGGGUUGGACGCAGCGUGACAUUGACGAGUACGACGGGCCGACGCCUCAGCUGGUGGCCGGCCUGGCGGGCCAUGUGCGCGACUCGUUGAAGUCGACCUACUGUGUCGGCGAGAGUGGAACGGCAGGGCCUACCGCUAGCGGCAAGACCCCCAACCGACAACCGGGCUACGUCGCACUGGCCGUGGUGGGAGACAAGGGUGUCUUGAGCAGGGACUUGGAUACAGGGCUUGGGGGGGAUCGGCAAGCCAACAUGGUCGCCUUUGCCGUCGAGGCAUUGCGCCUGGUCAAGGAGUACAUAUCAACAGGUGGCGAGCCCGGUGCGAGUGGGAAGAUCUGA